AUGAAAGCACAACGAUCAUAUCAACUUGCAAUGAGAAAUAGUCAAGACGAAAAAGUGAGAAUACAAAAAGAAUUAGAUGAAAUAGAAUUAAACCGAAGAAAUUUUGAGCAAGAAUCAGAAAAAGUUCGAGGUCUUGUUGGUAAUGAACACUUAAUUCGAUUUAAUGUUCGUGGUCGAACAAUUGUUACUCGUCGAAAAACACUUCUUAAAGUACCAGGUUCAUUACUUGCUAAGACGUUUGAUGGUACUCAUCAAAAUGAUUUACAUCGUAAUCCAGAUGGAAGUUAUUUUUUGGAUUACAAUCCAGUUAUAUUUACUCGUUUACUUGAUCAACUUCGAACGUUAAAACCAAAUAAAACAAUUUAUUUCUCUCCUCCAUUAUCAUCAACAUUAAUCAAACCAUUUAAUAGAAUGCUCGAAGAAUUCGGACUUCCACUUCCAAAACAAUCACCAAAUGAUAUUAUUUCAUUGAAUGUUGGUGGUGAAAGGAUUGUUACAUUACGAAAAACACUUACUAGUGUUCCAAAUUCAGAGUUAGCUCGACUAAUAUCAUCUUCAAAUGAAACGAAAUAUGAUCAUUUGGGUCAACCAUUUCUUGAUUAUAAUCCAAAAUUAUUUCAACAUCUUCUUGAUCAAUUAAGACAAGGAAAAAAUUUGACUGCACCAUCAAAUGAGGAUAAAAAUGCAUAUGAAUCAAUGUUGACUGGUUUAGGUCUAAAAAAUAAUAUAUCAUCAACUAUUGCAACAACAACAACAACAAUAACAACCACCAAUGCAAAACAAACAAAAUUUUCUGCGACUACUAAACCAACAAUUAGCGCAUCAAAGAAUAAACUACGUAAACAACAACUAGAAAAACAAAAGACUACUUCUAUGAAGCCUUUAACAAGUACAAGUAAAACACCAGCUAAUAAGAAGAGUAACUCAAAAAAUACAGAUGAGUAUCAGCGUACCACAACUAAAGUAGAAAAAAUUUCCCCAGGUAAAACAGAGGCAACAAUAUUAACUGCAACAGUGAUCAAUACAAGUUCUAUAAAAGAUAAAACAUCAACAAUUAACGGCGCACUUCAAACAACGACUGAUGAAACAAGCGCAACAAUUGAUCCAACCAGUCAAGUGAUAACAGCACGAACCAUUGAAACAAGUUCUGGUUUAAAUACACCAGAGUCUGAUUCUAAUACACGUAAUAUAUCUUACAAAAAUAAAAAUUCAAUAAACAUAAAAUUUUCUCCAGGAGAAAUAGAGACAACUACAAUGACUAGUCAUGAGUCAAGCACUUCAACCGAUAGUCAUAUAAAUGAAGCAGCAAAUAUAUCUCAAACAGCAGAAGAUGAUACUACACCCAAGUCUGACGAUGGAAACAAAGAUACAUUUAUCGAUACUACGAGUAUUGAUACUGAAAGUUCAUCGAUUCCUGAAACUAUAACAGAGACAUAUGUAUCAUCACCUCUUGAAAAUGACAAUGAUAUCAAUACGCCAACUGAAUCAGCUCUAGACGCUGCAGCAUAA